CCUUUAAGUUGCACUCCUUUAAGCUGUACUCGCCCUGCUGCCAAGAAACACUGCCCAGAACCGCAACUGUGAGCUGUGCUCUGGGAGCUCUGACUGUUCGUGAACUUAGAACAGGAACUUGCUUUUGCGAGUCAAAAGGUUGGACAUGCAUGUAAUACACCUGGAUGAAGGAAGAGCAUGGUCUGUCAGUUACAGGAAAGUUCUUCUUGCAUCGUUCUGCAGUUUGAAUUGAAUCUAUUAUGAACUGAAGAAGACAUGAAGGGACAAAAAAUACCAUCUCUUCUCCAUUUACUUUCUAUUUGUGCUACAUUUUGGGUUUCUAGAGAACAGGAAACUGUAACAGGGCUGUUUUCUAAGGAUGUCAUCCUUCCUUGUCCUUUUUCACCUGGGAAUGAUGAAGUAAUUUACUGGAAGAAAGAGAACAAAAAUGUGCACAGCUACUACGAGCAGAAGGACCAGCUAGAAGGCCAAGACCCAGAUUACAGGAACAGAACACACCUUUUUCAUCAGAACAUUGGUCAUGGAAAUGCCUCCUUGAAACUUAGUAAUGUGGCCUUGACUGAUGAGGGCCUUUAUCAUUGCUAUGUGGGAACAGAGGAAGCUAAAACGGAAGUGGAUGUCAUGCUACAGGUGCGAGUUCACUCUAUUUAUGCACUGGAUUACCAAAAGACAGACACAGCAAGGAUGCUGAGGUGCUACGCCUUUCAUACUUAUUUGACACCAAAUGUAACUUGGGUACGAGGCAAUACAUAUAUCCCAGAAACAGGUUGGGAGGAAAUCAGGAAUGGAGUUCUCUUUUCUGUUAGAAGUGACCAGAAUGUUAUAAACACAUCUGAUACCUACUACUGUCAUAUUAAUCUCUCCCAUGAAAACUGGACUGCUGAGUGGAGGAUGCAAGGCCAACUUUCAAAAGCUGAAGGAAGUAGCACUACCAUUUCUUGUGAAUACAGCAAUAACACUUUACGUGUUGAAGAUUUCACUGUUGUCUGGAAACUAAACAAAAAUGCAGCUAUCUCAGACCUGGCCUCCUUCAAUGGAACACCUAACACUUCCCAGACUAGAUUUCAAAUUGACCAAAAAAACUUUUCACUCAGCAUUAGUAAUCUUAAUGUGGAUGACAGCGGAGAUUACGUGUGCAAUAUUUCAACACCUCACUACACAAGACUUAGAGUGACAACAUUACAAGUUGACCAUGCAGGUAACACCUCAACAGCGAUAGUGACAGUGAUUGUGAUCAUUCUCGUUAUCAUCGGUAUAACGAUAUACUGUCGCUAUAAGAAGAGAUGCAGAAGAAAUGACCGGACAUACUAAAAGAAACCCUUUCACUGCAAACAGAGGCUCCUGUGAUUGUUGCUGAAAGUAAGCUUGGAGAACAUAGGACUUCUUUCCUACUGAGUCACGCUUGGAGAAAAAUACAUGGCUAAUUACCUGAGCAGCAGAAACAAGCAAGUAAGCAGACAGAAAAAAACAUAUGCAAGUCAACUGACAUUUGUAUGUGAGCAGUCUGCAUGAAAAACUGAAAUUUGGGUGUAUUAAAAGGACAACAGAAAGGUUUCACAGAAAAUCAAUUUUUGAGGGUUUUUUUUUUUUUUUUUUUUUUUGAGGUUUUUAACUGUAAGGGGAAGAGAGGACUUACUGUUUUGCACUUUACUGAAUGUUGUAAUUCCAAAUAUAAAGUGGAAUAAAUCUAAAAGAACACUACAUAUGAGCCAUGGGCAGUUUUUUUGUAACAAGUCCCUCCAUAGCAUUUCUGAUGCCAAUCAUGGAAUCACAAGGUUGGAAAGGACCUGCAAGAUCAUCUAGUCCAACCCUCCUCCCAUUACCAUUGCUAGCACAAGCACUAGACCAUAUUUUGUAGCUCCUCAUCCAGAUGCCUCUUGAACACUGCCAGGGAUGGCGAUUCCACCACCUCACUGGGCAGCCAUUCCAGUGCCUGACUACUCCCUGAGAGAAAAAGUUCUUGUGUCUAACCUAAAUCUCCUCUGGCACAACUUGUAGCCGUUUCCUUGGGUCCUGCUCGUUGCCUGGGAGAAGAGGCCAAAUCCCUCUUCAUCACAACCUCUCUUCAGGAAGUUGAAGAGUGCAGUGAUGUCUCCCCUGAGCCUCUUCUCCAGACUCAACAAUCCCAGCUCCCUCAGCUGCUCCUCAUAAGACUUGUGCUCCAGACCCAUCACCAGUUUCGUUGCCCUUCUCUGGACACACUCCAGGGCCUCAAUAUCUUCCUUGUAGUGAGGGGCUCAAAGCACAGUACGCGACGUGCAGCCUCACCAGGCUAAGUACAGGGGGAUGAUUACCUCUCUGCUCCUGCUGGCCACACUAUUUCUAAUGCAGGCAAUUCUGUCCUGCAGCUAGAGACCAGAAAUCCUUUGACCAAUUGUAGGAGAAGCUUCUAAACUGGUUGUUUGUCUGAAGUUUAGCUUCUGCUGUCCUAAAAAAACUGGUACAGCCCCUGACCAGCAGACAAGACAGCUAGAAGCUGAGCUAUUGUGACUUUAAGGGUUGUCCCCUGAGACUGGAAAACAUGACUGGAUUUGCCCUUCAGUUUGAUUUCACAAGAGACCUGCCA